AUGGUGAUUUGCACCGAAACUGAGAAGUGGAAGAUAGCUGCUUAUCUUCUUCAGGGGGAUGCCAGAAUAUGGUGGGCUGGUCAGCGAAAUACGGUGGAUAUGGCUACUCUGACUUGGGACAGCUUUGUGGAACUCUUUCAAGACAUGUACUUCCCUGAUGCAAUGAGGGAGCAGAUCGAGUUAGAUUUCAUUGCUCUGGAACAGGGGACUAUGACUGUGAGAGAGUAUGAAACACGGUUCACCCAGUUAUACAGGAUUAGGGAGAUAGUGUAUCCUCUUCGGUUAGCCACCAAGGAAGAGAUUUUUGCUAGUGCCAUGGCCCAUGAGCAGGCAACCAUCAUGCGUGGAAGUGAACGAGGGGCUGUGAGAGAAUCCCUGGGAAAAGGGAAGGCGAUUGUGGGGAGCAGUGGUUCCAGGAAUCAUGGAGGUGGGUCGUGGAAGCGACAGCAAACUCAUUUCCAUCCACAAGCUCUAGCUAGGAUAGCCUAUCAGCACCAGGCCCCAGCCAGGGAAGCGCCUGCACCGGUCAGGGCUAUGCCUAUUAGGCAAGCAGCACCAACUACACCUAUUAGAUGUUAUAACUGUGCUGGGUUGGGCCAUACUUCUAGAGAGUGCACAAAGCCAAGAACCGAGGUGUGUUUUACAUGUGGACAGGCAGGACACAUUGCUAGAGAUUGUAACCGUCCUCAUGGUGGAAGACAUGGUAACCAGCCGAGACUCUUACCUCCAGCACCAGCUAGGGUCUUCGCCAUUGGUCAGAGAGGCACUGGGGUGGAAGGAGCUUCCUACUCUUUUAUAUCUAGUUCUGUACUGGAUGUGCUGGAUUUGACUGCUAUACCUCUCACUCGAUCUUUGUGUGUCACGUCGCCACUUGGCAUCUCACUUGAGCUUGAUACGUUUUGUGAUGAUUGCCCUAUUGGGAUAUGUGGUAGAGAAUUCUCUGCAUCGUUGAUUGUGAUUCCGGAUCACACAUAUGAUGUGAUUUUGGGUAUGGAUUGGUUGAGCCCGAACCAUGCCGUGAUUGAUUGCUUUAGGAUGGUUGUGUCCUUCCAUGUUCCUGGACAACCAGUGUUUCAUUACCGUUGUCUGAAGUCCGACAUCGCCAUGAGGGCAGGGAUUUUGGCUCACAUUGAAUCAGGGAGUAGUACUUCUGGGACUACAGGGAUUCCUGUAGUUUCAGAGUAUGCUGAUGUGUUCCAGGAGAUACCGGGGUUGCCUCCGAAAAGAGUAAUGGACUUCACCAUUGAUGUGAUACCAGGUACUUCUCCUAUAUCGAAAGCACCCUAUCGAAUGGCUCCAGCUGAACUUCAGGAGUUGAAAGUUCAGAUUGAGGGAUUACUUGCACAAGGGUUCAUACGGGCUAGUGUAUCUCCUUGGGGCGCACUAGUGCUAAACAAACACACCCUCACACCACUCAAUAUUACAUAA